AUGCCUGCCCAAGAACUUACUCAGGAAGUAAAGCAAAAUCUCGUUAAUCUUGCAAUGCAAGCAAAAGAUAGAUCGUAUUCACCUUAUUCAAAAUUCCGUGUUGGUGCUGCUCUUUUGACAGAAGACGGAACUCUGUUCCAGGGUGGUAAUAUUGAGAACGCGUCUUUUGGUGCCACUGUGUGCGCCGAGAGAACAACUUAUUGCAAAGCUAUUAGCGAAGGUCACACCAAGUUUGUAGCUCUUGCUGUUUCGUCUGAUGAAGAAAACUACAUAUCUCCGUGUGGUAUCUGCAGACAAUUCAUUUCCGAGUUUGGCCCGGAUGAUCUCCCUGUCCUCCUUUCCAACACAAAGGGGGAAUUUACUGAAACCACAAUUGAAGGCUUACUGCCUUUUAUCUUUAGAUUGGACCACUAAAAUUAAUUGUAUGAUUCGCUUAUUCUACAACAAAGCUUAUAUAUUCUGUUGUUGUUGUCAUUGCAUAUAAAUAUUAAUCUCUUUAUUGUUUU